AGACAGAGGAAGAAGCAUCGGCGGCUCCUGCUGCCUUCCCCAUCUGCGCAAGGUGCUGUGCGUCCUUUAUUCUUUCGGCGCUAUUCUCUUUAGCUACGUUUUUAUUUUUAUUAUUAUUAUUAUUCUGCCCCUGGAAACCCGCAGCCCCCCGCCACGCUCUCGGCGUCGCCUUUAAGGGGCGCGGCGGGGCGGGGGGCUCCCCGGGCCGCACCGAGCGGCCCGACCCGGCUCGGCACGGCUGAGCACGGCCCGCCUCAGCGCCGUGUCACCUGACCGCGCCGGGCCACCGACCUGCGGCGGCGUGCGGGCCGGCUGCGUUCCGCCCUCUGCACCGGGCUGGGGGGCGGCGCUGCUGCGGCAGUCGCGCGGGGAUUAGGCUGCGGGAGGAUUAGGCUGGAAAUAGCAGCGGCGGCUUCCCGGCCGUGCACGCCCAGCGCAUCCCGGCGGCGGCGGCGGGAGGAGGGGGCAGCCCGCCCCGCACCUGGGGCUAUCGGGGCCGGGGGGGGGGUCUGGGCGGCGGCGGCGGCCGGAGGACGGAGGACGGAGGGAAGGACGCUCUGACAGGCAGCCGCACUGGAAUUGUCUGGCGAGGCGAACGUUCGCGCAGCAGGGCGGGGGGGCCGGAGGAGCUCUGUGCGGCGGCCCCCGCCUCCCCACGGCCCGCAGCCCGCGAGCCCCUUCCCCUCGCGUGUUUUCUGCCUCUGCAGAGCAGGCAGCGGCACGAACGGCAGCCGAAGAUGUCGGGUCAGACGCUGACAGAUCGCAUCGCAGCUGCUCAGUACAGCGUUACGGGAUCGGCCGUAGCCAGAGCCGUCUGCAAAGCCACCACGCAUGAAGUGAUGGGGCCCAAGAAGAAGCACCUGGACUACUUGAUCCAAGCAACUAAUGAAACAAAUGUGAAUAUUCCUCAGAUGGCUGAUACACUGUUUGAGCGAGCAACGAAUAGUAGCUGGGUGGUUGUAUUCAAGGCCUUAGUUACCACGCAUCAUCUCAUGGUACAUGGCAACGAGAGAUUCAUUCAGUACCUGGCAUCUAGAAACACAUUGUUCAACCUGAGCAAUUUUCUGGACAAAAGUGGAUCUCAUGGUUAUGACAUGUCCGCCUUUAUAAGGCGAUAUAGCAGAUACUUGAAUGAAAAAGCAUUUUCCUACAGACAAAUGGCAUUUGACUUUGCAAGAGUGAAGAAAGGAGCUGAUGGUGUAAUGAGAACAAUGGCUCCUGAAAAAUUGCUGAAGAGUAUGCCAAUACUACAGGCACAAAUUGAUGCACUACUUGAAUUUGAUGUUCAUCCAAAUGAACUGACAAAUGGUGUCAUAAAUGCUGCAUUCAUGCUUCUGUUUAAAGAUCUUAUCAAACUUUUUGCGUGCUACAAUGAUGGGGUUAUUAACUUACUAGAGAAAUUUUUUGAAAUGAAAAAGGGACAAUGUAAAGAUGCUCUUGAAAUCUACAAACGAUUUCUUACUCGAAUGACCAGAGUAUCAGAGUUUCUUAAAGUUGCAGAGCAAGUUGGAAUUGACAAAGGUGAUAUCCCCGAUCUUACACAGGCUCCUAGCAGUCUUAUGGAGACUCUUGAGCAACAUCUAAACUCACUGGAAGGAAAAAAGCCUGGCAACAAUGAAGGAUCUGGGGCUCCUUCUCCUCUGAGCAAGUCUUCCCCAGCCACAACUGUCACAUCUCCCAAUACUACUCCAGCAAAAAGCAUUGAUACAUCUCCUCCAGUUGAUCUUUUUGCAACUGCAUCUACAGCUGCUCCAGUCAGCUCUUCCAAACCAUCCAGUGAUCUUCUGGAUCUUCAGCCAGAUUUUGCUGCUACUGGGCAAGCAGCUCCAGCAGCGCCUGCUGGAGCGACUUCUUGGGGAGACCUCUUGGGAGAGGAUAAUCUGGCUGCACUUUCCGGUGUUACCUCUGAGCCACAGAUUUCAGAUCCGUUUGCUCCAGAGCCUAGUGCAACUACUGCUGCAACUACUGAUACUACAACUACUUCAGCUGCUGCUCCUACAACUACAACUAUUACUGCUACCACUGCUGAAGUGGAUCUCUUUGGAGAUGCCUUUGCAGCUUCUCCUGGGGAAGCCCCUGCAGCAACUGAAGGGGCAGCAGCACCAGCUACCCCAACCCCUGUAGCAGCAGCUCUUGAUGCAUGUUCAGGAAAUGACCCCUUUGCCCCAUCCGAAGGUAGUGCAGAGGCUGCUCCUGAGCUGGACCUCUUUGCUAUGAAGCCAACAGAGACUGCUGUUCCUGUAGUUACCCCUACAACUAGUGCAGCCACUCCAGCUCCUGCAACAACUCCUUCUCCAGCUGCUGCUGUUGCUGCUGCCACUACUGCUACUACAGCUACUGCCACUACCACUACUGCCACCACUUCUGCUACCGCCACCACCUCCGCUCCUCCUGCUCUAGAUAUCUUUGGUGAUUUAUUUGAGUCUGUCCCUGAGGUACCUGCAGCACCUAAACCAGAUGCUACUCCUAGCAUAGAUCUCUUUGGUACAGAUGCUUUUUCAUCUCCACCACACGGAGCUUCUCCUGUGCCUGAGAGUUCUCUCACUGGUGAUCUCUUAUCUGUGGAUGCAUUUGCAGCCCCCUCUCCUCUACCCACUGCCUCUCCAGCAAAGGUGGAUUCUUCAGGUGUGAUUGACCUAUUUGGUGAUGCUUUUGGAAGUAGUGCUCCUGAACCUCAGCCCGCAACCCAGGCCACUUCUACUUCCUCAGCUUCUGCAGACUUACUGGCUGGCUUUGGUGGUACUUUUAUUUCUCCUUCUCCAUCACCGUCCCCAGUUACUCCAGCUCAAACAAGCUUAUUACAACCUAACUUUGAUGCAGCUUUUGGAACAACAGCUCCAACGACUGGCAGUUCAUUUGAUGCAUCAGUGUUUGAUGGCUUAGGUGAUCUUCUUAUGCCAACUAUGGUUCCUGCUGGUCAGUCUAUAACACCUGCAGCCACAACAACAGUUCCUGCUUCAGCAGCAAGCAAGGGUCUUGGAAGUGAUCUUGAUUCAUCUCUUGCAAACUUAGUAGGAAAUCUUGGAAUUUCUGGUACCACUUCAAAAAAGGGAGACCUUCAGUGGAAUGCUGGAGAGAAGAAGUUAACAGGAGGAGCUAACUGGCAGCCGAAAGUAGCACCUGCAACAUGGUCAACUGGUGGUGUACCAAGUGGCCCAUUGAGAGGCUGGACAAUACUGUACAGUGCAGGAGCUGUACCUCCAGCAGGUGGAGUUCCUCCCACAGGAGGUACCCCACCUGUUGCUCAGCCAGGAGCCACAUUUGGGAUGCCCCCAGCAGGACCAGGUGUACCCAUGAUGCCCCAGCAGCCAGUUAUGUAUGGGCAGCCCAUGAUGAGGCCGCCAUUUGGAGCUGCUGCAGGCCCUGGUGUACAGCUUUCUCCAAGCCCAACUCCUGCUACUCAGAGUCCCAAGAAACCUCCAACAAAGGACCCAUUAGCGGAUCUUAACAUCAAGGAUUUCUUGUAAACGAUAAGCUGCAGUUUUUUCUGACAAGAUGAUAAAAACGUGAGUUUGGAGUCUACAAUUGGAUGCUCAGAGUUUCGAAGUGAGCCACCAGUACCAAACCCAGCGCUUACUCAGACUUUCUCUUACUCCUGAAACGUGUAGCACAGCUGUGAAAGUGAACAUUAGGAAUGUGUACUACCUUAGCUGUUAAUCCCUACUCUCUCUAAAUUUGUGUACUUGGGUUAUUUGUGUUUUACAAUUUAAACAAUGGAUGUAUGUUUCUGAUGCCUUCUAGUGCUUUUCUGAACCUAUCCCAUGGGGGCAGAUUAUGCAGCUGUUGUUUGGUGAGCCAUUUGGAGCGAUGUCUGUGUUUUUUGAAGGUUUCAAUGUAUAUAACUUUUUGAGGACACCUACAGUUUCCCUAAGACUCAGUUUCUCCUUUAUCUGUUACAGAAUAUAGUGUGAUAAUACCAGAUAGUAAGGAAAAUACUUAUGGAAUUGUGUGGAAUACAUUUUUUUCCAGUCACAGGAAUCUCAACUGUCGUGAAAAAAUGUUUUAUUUUUGUGGCACUGUAUAUGUUAAGAUAAUUUAAAGUAAUAUAAAGGUAAACUUCCAUAACAAGUACUUUUCCAAUGAUUUUCCAAGACUGAAAAGUCAUAUCUGAAAGAAUACCAUAUUUAUUGCUGAUUUGAUUUUAAAAUAUAUUUUAAUUAUUUAAGGUUUUUUUUUUUUCAUUUAAAAUUGGCAUAUUUAUCUAUCAGUUCUUGCUGAAUGCACUGAAAAUAAGUAAAGGGUCAGUUUCUCUCCACGUAGUUGAAAAAAGCAACCAUAGUUGUCUGGCAUUAAGGGAUUUCGAAUCUGAGAGCACUCAUUGGUAUAUCUGUAGUCAGAACAUUACAAGUGAUGUUAUUCACCUCUGUUGAGUUCUUACGUACAUCUCUUAAUUUAGUGCUUACCUGUGUAUGCCUUAGACUAGUGUUUUCUCCAUUUCCCCAACUGCGCUGUGAGUAGCUUUUGUACAAUUGGUGAUUAGAUUUAAUUCUGAUCUGGAGAUCCAUGCCCUUUACUGUACAUAAUGUGUUUCUUUAAUUUUUAUUUGUUCUCAUACUGUUUCUGCUGAUGGCUUGGCUUAAGAUCUUGACUCUUAAAUGAGGUCACUGUUGAUCAGUGUUACAAGUGGCUUGGCAGUUCUCUGUAAAAGCAUAUUGGGUUGGAAAGAUUCACCUGAAGUCUUUCAAAUUAACUAUUUAAUCAAUGUAUGGUACCAUUAAGAGUGGAUGUAUCACAGAAUUUGCUGUGGGGAUAACAUACACCGUAAUGGGAAAGUUCUAUAAAAAGUUAAUUUCAAAAUGGCUCUUCUUUGUAUUUCGGUUUAAAAAAAUAAUAGCAAAAAACAGAAAAACAGAAAACCCCAGUGCAUGUGUGCCCUCUGAGAUGCAAUAAACACCUUGAUCAAAGUAAA